AUGCCGCGCUUACUCCCCAUCUCGGCGGCUACACUCGCCCUGGCCCAGCUCAGUUAUGGCUGGGGCAACUUGGGUCACGAGACGGUGGCCUACAUUGCCCAGAGCUUCAUUGCUUCUUCCACCGAGUCCUUCUGUCAGGACAUUCUGGGCGAUGACUCCACCUCCUACUUGGCCAACAUCGCCACAUGGGCCGAUUCGUACAAGUACACCGACGCCGGAGAAUUCUCCAAGCCGUAUCAUUUUAUUGACGCACAAGAUAACCCUCCGCAGAGCUGUGGAGUAGAUUACGAUCGGGAUUGUGGCAGUGCUGGGUGCAGUAUUAGCGCGAUUCAAAACUAUACCAAUAUUUUGUUGGAAUCUCCCACUGGCUCGGAGGCGUCAAAUGCCUUGAAAUUCGUCGUCCAUAUCAUUGGUGACACGCACCAACCCCUCCACGACGAGAACCUCGAGGCUGGUGGUAACGGUAUCGAUGUGACAUAUGAUGGAGAGACAACCAACCUCCAUCAUAUCUGGGAUACCAACAUGCCCGAAGAGGCCGCAGGGGGCUAUAGCUUGUCCGUCGCAAAGUCCUAUGCCGAUCUUCUAACUGAGCGGAUCAAGACCGGUGCCUAUUCGUCUAAGAAGGACUCCUGGACAGACGGAAUCGAUAUCAAAGACCCUGUGGCGACAUCAAUGAUCUGGGCGGCUGACGCCAACACCUACGUCUGCAGUACAGUUUUGGACGAUGGGCUGGCAUACAUCAACUCAACGGACCUGUCCGGCGAGUACUACGACAAAUCCCAACCAGUCUUUGAGGAGUUGAUCGCGAAAGCUGGGUAUCGGUUGGCAGCUUGGUUAGAUCUGAUUGCGAGUCAAUCCUCUUGA